AUGGACUCUACAAAUAUACCUAAAGUCGAAGAAUCGUGUAUCGUGUACUCCUGGGAACCUUGCUAUGAUAAUGAAAUGCAAAUGAAAGCUUCUUUUGAGGACAACUACCUCGACCAUUUAAGCAAUUUAAAAAUCGAAUCAAAUCCAUCACAAAAUACAUUAACCACUAUAGCUUGUGGUGUUUCACUUAACGUGACAAAAAGAAUAAUUGAAGAACUUUGUGAAAGAGGCGUAUCUAUGGUAAUAUUUGAUUUUAAUGACUUAUCAUUUGAACAAAGUCAAAAAAUGGUCUUAGAAAUUCGCCAAGGGAUUUUUAAUUAUAGUCUUAAAAAGAACAAUCAAAUACCGUAUUCAAUGACAUUAGUACUUGAUCUUGAAGGAUCUUGUAUAACGACUGGAAGCAUAUUCCAUACAACACCCAAAAAAUGUUUGAUAGAAUUAUCGUCGAACGCCCAUGUUUAUGUCACCAACGACGUCGAGUACAAAUUCAAGUGUACAGAGGAUCGUAUUUAUGUGAACAGCGAUUUUAUUCUUCGACUCAAAACUAAUGAUCGGAUCUAUUUAGAUUAUGGAAAAAUCGAACUAGCCGUGAUUAGAGUCGACGAAAAUGAAGUGUAUUGCGAGAUAAAACGAGGAGGAUUUUUGGGUUCCGAAAAAGCAGUGCAUAUGCCAAGAACUCCAAUUGGCUUGACGGCACUUUCUAAAUUGGACGAAAAAAAUAUUCGUACAGCAAUCAAACUCAAAGUGGACGUAAUCUUGAUUCCUGGCGUAAGGAACUCUGCGUUUUUCAACCACGUUCGCGAAUUUGUCUAUACAGAACGAGGUGGGAACAUUAGCCUGUAUGCAAAAAUUGAUAAUACUGUAGGACUUGAGAACUUCGAUGACAUAUUACCAGUUGUGGAUGGUGUUUUCCUGAACCGACCGAAUUUAUCCAUGGAGAUUGGUUAUGACAAAAUAUUUCUGGCUCAGAAGAUUAUCUUAUCUAAAUGUAACGUUGCUGGAAAACCGACUAUCACGUAUGGGCAAUAUCUAAGUUCCAUGGAAGUUGGUACGAUACCAACAAACGCCGAAGUAAAUGACCUCAUAAGUACUGUAAUGGAUGGAACCGAUUGCAUUUAUCUGGAUGUAACGAUGCGCAGUGCAAAUAAAUCACAUUGCAUUCAUUACGCAUCUUCACUGUGCCGGCAGGGCGAAGCAACCGUAUGGGAACAACAGUUAUUCACCGAACUCAACAAAAAGUCCAAACCAAAAAUUGAUCCUGCCCAUGCGAUUAGUAUUGGGUGCGUAGAAGUAUCGUUAAAAUGUCAUGCAGCUGCUAUUAUCGUGAUCACUAUGUCCGGCCUGUCAGCCCGUUUAGUCGCCAGAUACCGUCCUCGAUGUCCUGUAUUAGCGAUCGUCAGACACGGGAACUCUGCAAGAAGGUUAUCAGUAUGGCGUAAUAUUAUAGCAUUACAAUACAUUGACCCAAUAGAAAACAUUUGGUCUAAAGAAAUCGAAAAUCGUACAAGGUUUGCAAUGGAUUUUGGUAAAAGAAAAGGGAUAUUGAAUCAGGGAGACUUGGUUUUACACAUGAGUUGCUCAAAAGAAAACACAGGUUUUGCUAACACCAUGAGUGUAUUCUACGUUAGUGCUGGAAACUUCGUUAACGCAUAA